ACGGAAACCGUCUGCUGGGGAUGUUUGUCGCGUUGUAGGACUGAAUCUUUGCUCAUUCAAACGCAUCUGAAGGGGCGGACUGAGUCUUUUUUGCGCGCUGGCUGCGCGCGUCCACAGCGCGGAUAUUCGUCUGCUUUUCUUCUUACUGCUGGGAUUGCUGGGAAGAAGAAGGAGGCUGGCGACGUUAGGAGCCUGAACAGGGAGGAACUGGUAGAGGCCUCAGACUAAAGCUCAUCUUCCCGCAGCAGCAGCAUCAUGAACGACGAGGACGUGAGCGAGGACCGGGCCAAGCUGAAGCAGGGCCUGGUGAAGGUGCUGCAGUGCGUGGCCACCAUCUCCUCGGCCGCCGCCGUGGUCAACCCCAUCUUCGGCGUGGCGGGCUCCCUGAUCCGCGUGGUGCUGCAGCACGUGGACGACGAGGACAUCCGCACGCUGCGCCGCGAGUUCGGCUCGGUGCACCGCUCCCUGGACCAGCUGUCGCAGCAGAACCGCCAGACGCUGCUGCAGAUCACCAAGGAGACGACGGACGGCCAGUUCGGCCGCGUGGAGGAGAACCUGAAGAGCCAGUUCCGCGGCUUCAUGGCCAUGGUGGAGGGCGCCACGCCGGAGCAGCGCCGCCGCCGCCGCGACGACUUCGAGGAGAGCUACGCCAACGACGAGGGCGACCAGAACCUGCACACGCUGUACGAAAGCGUGGUGGGGAAGCCCAAGCUGUUCAGCAAGCCCGUGCUGGAGGUUUACCUGCGGCACUCGCAGGGCGACCGCCGCACCAUGGAGCGGCUCUGCACGCGCCUCACCUACCUGUUCUGCAUCGGCCUCAUCGCCCUCAUGGGCUACGCCGCCGUCAUCGGGGACGACGAGGAGGGCCUGAGCGAGGAGUGGGCCGAGAAGAUGGAGCACGUGCAGGAGAAGAUGCAGGAGGCGCUGAGCCGCUGCCAGUGAGGCGGCGCCGCGUCGGCCCCGGCCCCGUCCAACCGCAGCACUUGUCUCAUCCAUCAUUUAAAAACACUAUCAUGUCGCCUCGGCACCGUCGUCAUGCCGACGGCUCCCCCCCUCAUGAGCACUACAGCUUUUCUUUGGUGAUGGAGAUAAAAAAGUCUCCAAAAACCUAAAAUCACUACUCUAUCAAAGUGUGAUUAAUGUAAAAUCCACUUUUCAGACCUAAAUGUGCCUCUAUCUUUAUAUUAUUUACUCUUCUGGGGGGUUGAGGGUGAUUUCUGGGGUGGGGGGGUUUCUGCACUACAGCUGUUUAGCUUUAAUUAUCACGUCCCUGUUGACACUCAUCACUACACAUGAUUCUUUUAUAUCUUUUCAGUUUUUGUUGGAUUUUUCAUUUUUUAUACAUAUAAACACUAAUUAUUUGUCUUUUUUGUUACAGCAUUUUCAAAAUGUUCUUUUUUAUGAAAGAAAACCUGGACUGCUGACGGCUUUUAUGUGAAUAAGUUGCCUUUGUUGUUACAGAUGUCUGAUGCCUGGAUAUAAAUAAAUAUAUAUAAAUAUAUAUCUGCUCGAUAUAAAUAAAGAAGCUCGAAUCAAACCGA